AUAAUUUAUUGCCGAAACCUAAAUUCUUUGAUUCCUUCAAGUUCUUAAAUAAGGGUUUGUAAAUAUUUUUUUCCGAUCAGUCUCCAAAACUCCACAAAAAUAAAAUAAAAUAAAAAAGAUUUUUUUUAAACAAGAAAAAAAUGUUCAGCAAGAACAGUUACCUCCAUCCUCAGGCAACUUCAUCGUCUUCCUCUUCAUACCCACGUGGCAGUUAUGACCUAAACAGCGUUGAAUUCCUGCUGCACCACCACCCCGAGCUGUUUUCCGGCCACUACUUGACCACCGCCGGCGCCAACUCCCCACUCAUUCAUUCCGCCGCCCUGAUGCUAAACCAAGACACCGCCUCCAUGUUCCCGAACGGAGACCCUUCUUCCGCCGCCGCCGCAAGCACGCUGCAAAGAAAGCAGACAGUGAAGAAGGACCGGCACAGCAAGAUAUUCACAGCUCAAGGGCCGAGGGAUCGGAGAGUGAGGCUCUCAAUCGGCAUUGCUAGAAAGUUCUUCGACCUCCAAGAAAUGCUAGGGUUCGACAAACCGAGCAAAACCCUCGAUUGGCUCCUCACGAAGUCCAAGGCCGCCAUUAAAGACCUCGUGCAGAUGAAACACAACGCCGCCGCCAGCUGCUCGAAGAGCACUUCUUCUCCCAGCUCGGAUUGCGAAUUGGUGAUCUCUUCCGAAUCGAAUGCGGCCGCAGACCCUUUCGAAAUCGGGGCUGCCGAUACGAAGAGGAAAUGCGUUAAGGAAUCGAGGGCGAAGGCCAGAGCUAGGGCUAGAGAAAGAACUCGAGAGAAAAUGACCUUCAAGAACAAUAAUUUGUGUUGUUCUGAUUUCAACCCUUUGGUGCCAAUUCAUUAUAGAAACAAUAAUAACAAUAAUAAUAAUCAAGUUGGAUAUUUCCAGUCAACUCAUGGUGGUGCAGGUGGUCAAGACCUAGUUCAAGAAUCUAGUGUGGUCAAAAGGAAGAUGAAGAACCCUUCAUUUUUCGGGGCGUUUCAGCAGAAUGUUUUCGUUUCUAGAGAUUCGAGCUCGAAUUACGGCGGCCCGUCUGCUAAUAAUAACAACGCCCCUGAAAAUUGGGAUUUUUUCGCCUCACAGUCGAACCUUUGUGCUAUUUUGGACCAGCACAAGUUCAUCAAUAGCAGUUCAAACAUGUAGGAAAAGCUUUUUCGAGUACUGCAAAGGAUUGAUGAUUUGUUGGUGUUUGAUGUAUGGAUUGGAUGUAAGUUCUUGCUUUACCUUGUUCUAGAUCAAGAGAUAUAUGAAAUUCUUCAGAG